GAACUCUUACACAAUGGAGGAAAUUGUAAUAGCUGGAAUUUCAGGCAGGCUCCCUGAGUCUGGUAAUCUGCAGGAAUUCUGGGAAAACCUCUUCAAUGGAGUGGACAUGGUGACAGAAGAUGAUAGGCGGUGGAAACCAGGCUUGUAUGGCCUUCCCAGAAGGAAUGGGAAACUGAAGGAGAUCAAUAAGUUUGACGCCUCCUUUUUUGGGGUUCAUCCGAAGCAAGCUCACACUAUGGAUCCCCAGCUCAGACUCAUGUUAGAAAUAUCAUAUGAAGCUAUUGUAGAUGGAGGUAUAAACCCACUGUCCCUGCGUGGUUCCAAGACAGGGGUGUACAUUGGAGUCAGCGGAUCUGAAGCGGGAGAAGCCUUCAGCCGAGAUCCAGAGGAACUUCUGGGCUACAGUAUGACAGGCUGUCAGCGUGCUAUGUUUGCCAACCGCCUCUCCUACUUCUUUGACUUUAAUGGCCCCAGCACUGCCAUUGACACCGCAUGCUCCUCGAGCUUGCUAGCCCUGGAGAAUGCCUUCCAUGCUAUCCGACAUGGGCACUGCGAUUCUGCUUUGGUGGGUGGGGUCAACCUCCUGCUAAAACCAAAUACAUCAGUGCAGUUCAUGAAGCUUGGUAUGCUCAGUCCUGGAGGUACUUGCAGGUCCUUUGAUGCUUCAGGUGAUGGGUACUGUCGCUCCGAGGCAGCUGUGGCUGUGCUGCUCACCAGGAGGUCCAUGGCGAAGCGGGUUUAUGCCACAAUCCUCAAUGCUGGCAACAACACAGAUGGCUACAAGGAGCAAGGUGUGACCUUCCCUUCCGGCGAGAUGCAGCAGCGCCUGGUGCGCUCCCUCUACCAGGAGGUCAACAUCUCCCCGGAGCAGGUGGAGUACAUUGAGGCCCACGGGACAGGCACUAAGGUCGGAGACCCGCAGGAAGUGAAUGGCAUUGUCAGUGUCUUCUGCCAGUCAAAACGUGAACCUCUGCUGAUUGGUUCCACCAAGUCCAACAUGGGACAUCCUGAGCCUGCAUCUGGCCUGGCUGCCCUUGCCAAAGUUGUCCUUUCCCUUGAGCACGGCAUGUGGGCCCCCAACAUUCACUUCCACAACCCCAACCCUGACAUCCUGGCCCUGCUGGAUGGGAGAGUGUGUGUGGUCUCUGAGCCCUUGCCAGUCAAAGGCGGCAUUGUUGGUAUAAACUCCUUUGGCUUUGGUGGCUCCAACGUCCAUGUGAUCUUGCGGCCCCCUGGUGCCUUGGCCCCAUCCCUCGCUUCCCCUUCGUCUCCCUCCAUUCCCCGGCUGUUGCAGGCUUGCGGCCGCACAGAAGAAGCUGUCAGCACGCUGCUCCAAAGAGCCAAGGACCACAGCAGCAGUGCUAGUUUCCUGAGCAUGCUGAAUGACAUUUCCGGCAUGCCCACUGCCAGCAUGCCAUACAGAGGCUAUUCUCUGGUUGCUGCCGAGUCAGACAUCACUGAAAUUCAACAGGCACAGCCCACACCCAGACCUUUGUGGUACAUUUGCUCAGGAAUGGGCACCCAGUGGGCUGGAAUGGGCCGCAGUCUGAUGCAGUUGCCCGAGUUCCGAGACUCCAUCCUGCGCUCGGAUAAGGCGCUCCAGGAUACUGGUCUCUGUGUGUCGCACCUGUUGAUGGAGGCCGACGAGACCACCUUUGAGGACACGGUCCAUGCCUUUGUGGGGCUUGCUGCCAUACAGAUUGCUCAGAUUGACCUGCUGCAAAAAAUGGGAUUGCAGCCAGAUGGCAUCGUGGGUCACUCGGUGGGUGAGCUGGCCUGCGGCUAUGCUGACGGCUCACUCAGUCGCAGUGAGGCCAUCCUGGCGGCCUACUGGAGAGGUCGCUGCAUUAAGGAGGCCAACCUGCCUGCAGGGGGCAUGGCUGCUGUAGGGCUGACAUGGGAGGAGUGCAAAGCCCAGUGCCCACAGGGGGUGGUUCCCGCAUGCCACAAUGCCGAGGACACCGUUACCAUUUCUGGUCCGCAGGAAGCAGUGAGCCAGUUUGUGGCCCAGCUCAAGGAGAGUGGGGUAUUUGCUAAGGAGGUACGCAGUGCUGGUGUAGCCUUUCAUUCGUACUACAUGGCCUCCAUUGCUCCAGCAUUACUGUCUGCACUGAAGAAGGUGAUAAAGGAGCCAAAGGCAAGGUCAGCCCGUUGGAUCAGUACCUCUAUCCCGCAGUCGGACUGGGAAAGCCCACUGGCGCUCUACUCUUCUGCCGAGUACCAUGUUAACAACCUGGUGAGCCCUGUACUGUUCCAGGAAGGACUGCGCCUGGUGCCAGACAAUGCUGUGGUUGUGGAGAUUGCCCCACAUGCCUUGCUUCAGGCCAUCUUGAAGCGCAGCCUGAAACCUACCUGUUCCAUCCUACCGCUGAUGAAGAGAGGUUACCCUAGCAACCUGGAGUUUUUCCUGUCACACAUUGGCAAGGUGUACAUGAAUGGAAUCAACAUGGACACCAACAAGUUGUAUCCCUCAGUGAUGUACCCUGUUCCACCUGGAACUCCUCUCAUCUCUCCCCACGUUAUCUGGGACCACUCCCAGACCUGGGAUGUUCCAUCACCAGAUGACUUUCCCUCAGGUUCUGGUGGCUCCACCUCAGCCACAGUCUACAAUAUUGAUAUGAAUCCUGAGUCUCCAGACUACUACAUGACAGGCCACUGCAUUGAUGGCCGAGUGCUAUACCCAGCCACAGGCUACCUGGUGCUGGCUUGGAGAACCCUGUUGAGGAGCUUGGGUGCAGUAAUGGAACAGACCCCUGUCACUUUUGAGGAUGUUACCAUUCACCGGGCUACCAUUUUGCCCAAGACUGGCUCAGUUCAGCUUGAAGUCAGGCUAAUGCCUGCCACCAACAAGUUUGAGGUCUCUGAGAAUGGCAACCUGGCAGUCAGUGGUAAAGUGAGCAUCCUCGAAGAGAAUGCUUUGGACACAUUCCGCUCCCAAAUGGAGCAAGCUACGGAGUCAAAAGAGGAUGACUCCAAACUCCGCCUCACAGCCAGCGACAUUUACAAGGAGCUCCGCCUGCGGGGUUAUGAUUAUGGCAAAACGUUCCAGGGCAUCCUGGAAUCUAACAAUGCUGGUGACAGUGGGAAGCUGCUGUGGAUGGGGAACUGGGUCACCUUUCUGGACACCAUGUUGCAGAUGAUUGUGGUGGGCCUGUCGGGCCGCAGUCUGCGGCUCCCCACACGCAUCCGCUCCGUAUGCAUAGACCCUUCUCUGCAUGAUGACAGAGUCCAAGAUUACGGGGAAGGCAGAAAAGCUGUGGAUGUCCAGGUCAACCGUUAUCUGGACAACAUUGUGGCAGGUGGAGUCCAAAUCUCAGGGCUCCAUGCCACAGUAGCACCACGACGUCAGCAGCAACAGACCCCACCAACCCUGGAGGAGUUUGUUUUUGUACCGUACAUGGACACACAGUGCCUAAGGACCAGUGAGAAGCUUGUGGAGCAGCUCAGGAGCUGCAAAGGCCUGAUCCAUAGACUGCAGCGUAAGCUGGUGCAGCAAGGGGUGAAGAUCUCCAUCCCUGGUGUGGAAGAGGCAGCAGAAGGCCAGCUAAUCACUGAUGUGGCAGAAAAGGGGCUACUGCGUCUGCUGUUCUCCCUGUGCACUCUCGAGCUGAAUGGGAACCUAAGCUCAGAGCUGCAGCAGACUGUGCAGGGUGAGCGUGACUGCCUUCUACAGGACCCUCUACUUAAUGGACUUCUGGACUCAACGGCUUUGCGGCAUUGCCUGGACAUUGCCCUGGAGAACACCACGCCAGGGAAAAUCAAAGUGCUAGAGGCUCUUUCCACUGAUGGUCGCAUGUUCUCCCGUGCUGUUGGUCUCCUCAACAUUCAGCCAAUGCUUCGCGUGGAGUACACAGCCACUGACGUUGCAGCAGACCUACUGGCCCCCCAUCAGUGCUUGUUUGAGGAACUGGGGCUCUUCACUGGCCAGUGGGACCCCUACAAGGCCCCUGUCCCUGGUGGCCUGGGUGGGGUAGAUCUGGUGGCAUGCAACUGUGUGGCAAGCACUCUCCCUAAUCCUGCAGUAAUGGUGGGAAAUCUGGCAUCAGCAGCCAAGGAGGGUGGCUUUGUCUUGCUCCACACGCUGCUCAAGGGGGACACCCUGGGAGAAACGGUGGCCUUUCUUACUUCCCAGAACAUUCAGCAAGGCCUGUUGUCACAGGUGGAAUGGGAGAAGGUGUUCAGCCAGGCCUCGCUUAAUGUGGUUGCUAUGAAGAAGUCCUUCUAUGGCACUGUGCUCUUCCUAUGCCGGCGUCGGAGCACCAAACCGGAACCCGUCGUCUUAUCUGUGGACAAUGCUGACUACAAAUGGGUGGAAACCCUCAAGUCACUCCUAGCUGAACCUUCAGAUAGCUGCGUGUGGCUGACUGCAUCCCAGGCACACUCUGGUGUAGUUGGGAUGGUCAACUGCCUCCGGCAGGAACCGGGUGGCAGUCGCAUUAGGUGUGCAUUUGUGUCCAAUCUGAAGAAAUCAUCAGCAGCCCCCUGCCUGCUUCCAUCACACAAGGACAUCCAGUCUGUGCUGGAAAGGGACCUGAGCAUCAAUGUGUACCGGGAUGGCCAGUGGGGAGUCUUCCGGCACCAGCUUAUCCCACAGGAACUCAGAGAGGAGUUAACGGAACAUGCAUAUGUGAACGUGCUCACACGUGGGGACUUGUCCUCCCUUCGUUGGAUCAUCUCACCUCUGCGCUACUUUACUCCCAUUAACCCCAACAUGCAGCUCUGCUGUGUCUACUAUGCCUCCCUCAAUUUCAGGGAUAUCAUGCUGGCUACAGGAAAGCUGCCACCUGAUGCUAUUCCAGGAGACCUGGCACUACAGCAGUGUAUGCUGGGAAUGGAGUUUUCAGGCUGUGAUUCCAACGGGCGCAGAGUGAUGGGCCUGCUUCCUGCUAAAGGUCUGGCUACUUGUGUAGAUGCUGACAAGCGCUUCUUGUGGGAGGUGCCCUCCAGCUGGACGCUGGAACAGGCCGCCUCGGUGCCAGUGGUCUAUGCCACAGCCUACUAUGCGCUAGUGGUGCGCGGACGGCUGCGUCCUGGUGAAAGCGUGCUUAUCCACUCCGGUUCAGGUGGUGUUGGCCAAGCUGCCAUUGCUAUAGCCCUGAGUCAGAACUGCCGCGUGUUCACCACUGUUGGGUCGGCAGAGAAGCGUGCUUACCUGCAGCAGCGGUUCCCACAGCUGGCGACCGAAUCCUUCGCCAACUCUAGAGAUACCUCCUUUGAGCAGCAUGUGCUGCUACACACAAAGGGAAAGGGUGUUGACAUGGUGUUGAACUCUUUGGCUGAGGAGAAGCUGCAGGCCAGCUUACGCUGCUUGGCCAGGCAUGGGCGCUUCUUGGAGAUUGGCAAAUAUGACCUGUCCAACAACUCACCACUUGGCAUGGCACUUUUCCUAAAAAAUGUGGCUUUCCAUGGCAUACUGCUUGAUGCCCUCUUUGAGGAAGGAAACCGUGAGUGGGAGGAGGUAUCCCAGCUCCUGCAGCAGGGCAUUGCAGCACGUGUGGUGCAGCCGCUGCGCACCACAGUCUUUGAGAGGAGCCGAGUAGAGGACGCCUUCCGUUUUAUGGCCCAGGGCAAGCACAUUGGCAAGGUUUUGCUGCAGGUACGUUCUGAGGAGCAAGGGACUGGCUUGCAGGCUCCCCCACUCGUGCUACCUGCUAUAUGUCGCACAUACUGUCCCUCAUCACACUCUUACAUCAUCACUGGAGGACUGGGUGGCUUUGGCCUGGAACUCGCCCACUGGCUGACUGAAAGAGGUGCCCGCAAGCUGGUACUGACUUCUCGCUCUGGAAUUAGAAAUGGUUACCAGGCCAAGCGUGUGCGGGAGUGGCAGAGCAUGGGAGUCCAGGUGCUGGUGUCCACCAAUGAUGUCAGCACCCUGGAGGGGACAGAGCACCUUAUUGCUGAAGCUGGGAAACUAGGUCCUGUGGGUGGGGUCUUCCACCUUGCUAUGGUUCUUAAAGAUGGCAUGCUGGAGAACCUGACACCAGAUCUCUUCAAGGAGGUCAACAAGCCCAAGUAUGAUGGGACCAUCCACCUGGACAGGGUGACCAGGGAGCACUGCCUGGAGCUCAAGUACUUUGUAGCCUUCUCCUCUGUGAGUUGCGGCCGUGGCAAUGCAGGCCAGAGCAACUAUGGAUUUGCCAACUCUACUAUGGAAAGGAUCUGUGAGCAGCGACGACAUGAUGGACUGCCUGGACUGGCCAUGCAGUGGGGUGCCAUUGGUGAUGUGGGUGUGGUCUUAGAGACAAUGGGUGGCAAUGAUGCUGUCAUUGGUGGUACCCUGCCUCAGCGCAUCUCUUCCUGCAUGGAGGUGCUGGACCGCUUCCUCAAUCAGCCCCUGCCUGUCAUGUCAAGCUUUGUGUUGGCUGAGAGGGUGGCGAUUGCAAAGAACGAAGGUGCUGGCCAGAGGGAUCUGGUGGAGGCCGUGGCACACAUCUUGGGUGUGCGUGAUGUCAACAGUCUGAAUGCAGAUGCCUCGCUGGCCGAUUUGGGAUUGGACUCUCUCAUGGGCGUUGAAGUCCGUCAGACACUGGAGCGUGACUAUGACAUUGUCAUGUCCAUGCGUGAGAUCCGCCAGCUGACCAUCAACAAGCUGCGUGAGCUGUCAAGCCAGCAGAGUGGUGCUGAAGAGUCUCGGCCCUCUCCUCUGAAGAAGGCUGGAGCAGGACUCCCGCUGGAGUCUGACGUAAACCAGCUCCUGGUGAACCCUGACGGCCCGACCGUGACCCGCCUGAAUGAGGUGCAGAGUGCUGAACGCCCCCUCUUCCUGGUGCACCCCAUCGAGGGCUCAAUCACUGCCUUCCGCACCCUCGCUGCCAACCUCAGGGUACCCUGCUACGGUCUGCAGUGCACGAAAGCGGCCCCCCUGGACAGCAUCCAGAACCUUGCAUCAUAUUAUGUGGAGUGCAUGUGCCAGGUACAGCCCGAAGGGCCCUACCGUGUUGCUGGCUACUCCUUCGGGGCAUGCGUGGCUUUUGAGAUGUGCUCACAGCUGCAGGCGGCACAGAAGCCAGUGGAAUACCUCUUCCUGUUCGAUGGCUCGCACUCCUAUGUUGCAGCCUAUACCCAGAGCUACAGAGCAAAGCUGACCCCAGGCGAAGAGUCAGAGGCUGAAACGGAAGCCCUGUGCGCAUUUAUUCAACAGUUCACCGGCAUAGAGUAUAACAAGCUCCUGGAGACCCUGCUGCCCUUGUCAGACCUUGAGGCCAGAGUGAAUGUGGCUGUAGACCUGAUUACAUCCAGCCACAAGAACAUGAGCCGUGACUCUCUGCACUUUGCUGCCUCCACAUUCUACUACAAGCUGAAGGCUGCCGACAGCUAUGUACCAGCCACCAAGUACCAUGGGAACGUGACUCUUCUGCGAGCCAAGACGAGCAGCGAAUACAGCGAUGGCCUUGGUGCAGAUUACCGGUUGCAUGAGGUGUGUGAUGGAAAGGUCUCUGUGCACAUCAUUGAGGGGGACCAUCGCACUUUCCUGGAGGGUGAGGGUGUGGAGUCCAUUACUGGUAUCAUUCACAGCUCACUGGCAGAGCCCCGUGUGAGUGCCAGAGAGGGCUAAGUCCAUUCGCUGCUAUGCUGACCUAACAUGCUAACCCACCUCUCUACCGGCACACCCUGGGGACAGAUGCCAGAAAUCCUAAACUGAACUGGAGUGAGACAGCCUUAGAGUUGUCGUCCACAACAGCUCAACAUGCUCAGCCUCCUCAAUUUUCCUCCUUUCGUCAUUGUUGCAGGAUGUAUUAUCUGGGAACAAAAUACCUUUUUGCCUGCUUCAAACUUUUUUUUGGUACUGUACUUCGUUUUGUAUAAGAAAUGCUGCUUAAGCAGUUAACUUUGUACACUAAGUGUUCAUGGGUUUCACAAUGCAUGGCCAAGUAUUUAGGUUCUGGAUAAAUCAGACAAGCAGAUUAUUCAUCUUUAACGUAGUGUCCGAACAUCUGCUAAAGGGCAUUUAACUCUUAAUCAAGAGUCUUAAUAUUAACACUUGCAUAAUUCUCCAGCCCUGAUGAUGCAGAUUUCACUUAAUGGCGGACAUGGCCAUUUAUUUACAGUAUACAUCACUAGAACUAUAACCUCUACAGGACAAUAUCCUGGUCAGCACUUGAUCUACUGUAAGUGUAGACUAGAAAUGACAAAAUGAUUACAGUGUUACUUUGAAACUUAUACUAACUUGAGGCUUUCCCACCCCUUCAUUGGUUGUACUGCGACAGUCUGUGUCAAUGCAGGACUCCAUGUGGGCUUUUGAUCAGAGCAUAUCCAUGUAGGAAAAGUACAAUACCCUGAAGCUCUGUCAGAAAUUUAGGAACCAGACCAAAAAAAAAUUCAGUUCCAUAAUUGUAUCAGAUGCACAUAAGUGUAGAUGUUUUUCCCCCCCACUGAAAAUAGUCAUUUCAAAAAUACUGAAGACUUCCCAGACUUCUUGGAUUGUUACUCACUGGCAGAACACUGUAUUUAAUUCCUCAUGGCUUUAUCUUUAGGAUGGCUAAUAGGAGUUCUGUAUUUAUUCUUGCUUAAUACUGGCUUGUGUACUACAAGUCAGAAAUGCUGUCAUAAUGUUGUUUACUUGCCAUUCAGUUAAUAUUUCAAGUUUUUCCUAAAGUGGUUUUUUUUUGUGGUCAUUUUAAUUUCUGAAAUUGCCACAUAAUAGCUACCAGUUCAAGGUUCAGUGUUACAUUCUGAGGCAUUGUAUUGCAGAAGGAUUUAACCCUAAGUGGAAACUACUUCAUAUUUUGAAUGGACUAUCAUUGCCAUUUCAUGGUUUUGGUUGACUAAUGUUGGAAUGGACUGAACAACAGUUAUGUGGGACAUAAGCAUGCUCAAAGUGACAUGUGUUGUACCGAAUGAUACCCCCUCUUACUUCACAACAGAGUAUGUAUACUUCCAGACAUUGUUCCACUAGCUGGAGAGAAGGUAAGAAGCGGAGGACGACAACGAUCCCACAAGCAGCAGGCUCAUCUGAUUUCUGAGACUUUUAAGUCGGUGAAGAAUUGGAUGACCUCCACUUUAAAGAUGAUUGUUCGCAGUGUAAAGGAGAACCAAUGGACUGCUCCUAGUUGAAGGGUUAUUUUGUAAUUCUGUUAUGUAAUUUCUGGAGUAUUUAUUGUUUUAGUCAAAAUAAAAGAUGAGUAUAGUAA